GACAACGCAACACAGCCAACCCAGGACAGCAGUGAACUGAUGCGCAAUGUCUGUAAUUGUAUUCUGAGGACAAAUUCCUGGCACGUCAAUGAACUUCCGGCCGGUUUCCUGAUUGCCCACCGAAAUCCAAUAUAAAAAUGCGCAACCUAAGAAAUAUCCGCUUCGCGGAAAUCCCACUUCCAGAGGGGCUCCCCCUAACUGCGACUGCGUGGGAUCCCACCACGGACUCUGUUCUCUGUGCCUUUGGUCCAACAGAGACUAGUGCUGUUAUUGAACUGAGGCGCAAAGAGGAGGAUGCAUAUAUCAGCUCAAGCCUGGAGCUCCCGCUUGUCGCCUCGUGGGACGCGCCAUGUCCUCUCCCAGAGCUAAAAUGCGAUCGCAUUUUGUCAAUGCAAUAUUUUGCGGACACCCUCUCUACGUGUCUAGUUCUCGAAGGAGGAGAUAUCAUCGUUGUGCGUGAGGAGCCACAGCCCGAAGAAGACAAAAUUGAAAUUCUUGGAUCUGUGGAUGUUGGGAUUACGGCCGCUGCUUGGGCACCAGACGAGGAGCUCCUGGCGAUUACUACGAGAUCUAAUACGUUGCUUUACAUGACCCGUGAUUUUGAAAAUAUUGCAAACAUUGUAUUUUCUCCCGAGGACCUCAAGAUCUCGAGACAUGUCUCCGUGGGAUGGGGAAAGAGAGAAACUCAGUUCCAGGGGAAACGGGCCAAAGCUCUGCGGGACCCAACGAUGCCGGAGAAAGUUGACGAGGGGAAAUUAAGCGACCUGGACGAUGGAAAGACCUGCAUUAGUUGGCGAGGGGACGGUGCCUUCAUUGCUGUGAACAGCAUCGAAUCCGGAUCUCGACGUGUAAUCCGUGUAUUCUCUCGGGAGGGCGCUCUGGACAGCGUCAGUGAGCCGGUGGAUGGACUGGAAGGGGCUUUAAGCUGGCGCCCUGCUGGUAACCUGAUUGCCGGCAUACAGCGCCUUGAGGGUCAUAUCGAUGUUGUCUUUUUUGAACGAAAUGGCCUUCGUCACGGUCACUUUCCGCUUCGGCUGGAAAUGGAAGAUAGAGACACUUGGGCUUCAUCUAUCGACCUGGCCUGGAACAUUGACUCAACUGUGUUGGCUGUCUUAUUCAGGGACAGAAUUCAACUCUGGACAAUGGGAAAUUACCAUUACUAUCUUAAGCAAGAAAUCCCGCUCACUUCCGAGUCUGAUCAAACUGAGCUUCUUCGUACAUUCCGCUGGCACCAUGAAAAGGCGACACGAUUUGUGACUGCUUCUUCAAGAUCAAUGAUCGACUCGGAUUGGGUUUUCGAUGUUGCGCGAGGUUCAAGUGCACUGCCCAAUGAUUUUGGCGCGGUUGGAGUCAUCGACGGGAAAACGUUAAAGCUUUCUCCAUUGAAAGUCGCUACGAUCCCCCCUCCGAUGGCCCUUUGCGAAAUGCCUUUAGAUUAUAAUGCGAUAGAUAUUGCAUUUAGCAAGUCAGGGACGAAAAUCGCAGUCUUGACCAGUGAAGGCAUCGCCAUAUAUUCAUGGCAACUUCGAACCUCACCGCCACUGGAACCGAGUCUUGAUUAUUUCUACCCAUUCCCACAGAUGUCAAAGCGGCCGAGACACAUCGCGAUGUUGGACGAAAACACUAUCUACGUGCUGAUGCAAACCGACAUGUUUUCGGAAGAGGUAGAAAGGAUUGAUAUUGACACGAAGGAAGUAACAAUCGUCCUAUCGUCGACGGAGUCUGAUCGACUUGUAUCAAUCUUCCCUAACCUCGAGCAAAGUAUGCUCUGGAUUGCACAAGCAACUCCAGGUCGUAAAAAUUUCUCAUACUCUUACAUCUCGAACGAAGGGGCCAAUGAUGUAUCCCCAAGUUCCUGGCCUGAGAGCCCAGCUCAGGAGACAAGCUGGGCGGCUGCAACGACAUCUACAGAAAACAGAGUAAGUCAUAGGCCCUUCCUUACCGUUCGUAGGCCGACUAACUUUCUGCAGGACAUCCUCUUCUCGCUUUCGAGAUCUGGUUCCCUCUAUGCCAACAAGAGGCUCCUUGUAAAGAACUGCACGUCAUUUUUGAUUACCUCCGCGCAUCUCAUCUUCAGUACAACUCAACAUCUGCUGAAAUUUGUCCACAUAACAGACGUUGAUGACCUUGAAAUACCAGGAGAUGUUCCUGAAGCCGAUGAGCGUUGUAGAAGUAUCGAGCGAGGCGCACGAUUGGUUGCUGCUAUGCCAUCUAUCUUCGCCCUGACGCUGCAAAUGCCUCGCGGGAAUAUCGAAACCAUUUACCCUCGCGCGCUGGUUCUCGCUGGAAUACGGAAAUAUAUUGAGAACAAGAAGUAUCGAUCCGCAUACCUAGCAUGUAGGAGCCAUAUGGUGGAUAUGAACAUAUUGCAUGACUAUAUGCCAGAUCAAUUUAUGGCCAGCAUACAGUUAUUUAUUGACCAGGUGAAACGAAUUGAUUUUAUCGAUGAGUUUCUAUCUCGUCUGAGGGAUGAAGAUGUCUCCGAAACUCUAUAUAAGGACACUCUGAAAAUUGCACAUACAGAAGCGAAGGACGCUACUGCGAAGCCUGAACAGACCUCCGGCCUCCUACCUACAGUUUCCACACCAAAUAAAGAAAACAAGGUCAACAAAAUCUGCGAUGCAUUUUUGUCGGUUCUCUCAAACCGGGUCGCGACCAAUCUUCAGAAUCUUGUCACAGCUUAUGUCUGUAAAUCUCCACCGGACCUGGAUGCUGGUCUUCAGCUUGUAGCAAAAUUGCGUGAACAAAGUGCCGAACAAGCCGAAGAAGCAAUUGAGCACAUGUGUUUCCUGACAGAUGCAAAUAGGCUUUUCAGCAAUGCUCUUGGUUUGUAUGACCUCGAGCUCACCUUGCUCGUGGCCCAGCAAGCACAGAGGGACCCGAGAGAAUACCUCCCAUUCCUUCAAAAAUUGCAAGGACUUCCUGAACUUCGCCGCAGAUACGAAAUUGACAACCACUUGGGUCGAUAUGCAAAGGCUUUGAAAAGCCUGCAUGCGCUCCACGAAUAUGACGAGUUGAAACUGUACACGAUCAAACAUACUUUGUAUCGUGAAGCGUUGGAAUUAUACAAAUAUCAACCAGAUCUCCUUCGUGACAUGACCCAGCUAUAUGCUGACUACUUGCACGACCAGUCAAAGUACAAGGAAGCAGCAAUAGCAUAUGAAUCCCUCAACCACUACGAAUCAGCCUACGAAUCAUAUAAGAUCGCAAAUAUGUGGCAAGAAUGCCUUUACUGUGCAGCCCUUGUACCCCUUUCCGAAUCUCAAAUGACGGACCUCGCUCAAUCCCUGGCCACCGCUCUUGCUGAGAUCAAAGACUACAUUUCAGCUGCCAAUAUUCACCGUGAUUACCUCCAGGAUAUCCCUGGCGCAGCACGUCUUCUCUGCCGUGGCUCAAAGUUCGGCGAAGCUUGUCGCAUCCUCGCGCUAAACGGUCAUCAUUCUCUCGUCCCCGACAUCGUUGAUGGCUCCCUUGGGGAAACCAUGGGCACAAUGGUCGAACUCCUCGCGGAUUGCCGGUCUCAGCUCCUCGCUCAAGUUCCCCGAAUCAGGGAAUUACGCAUCCGACGAGUCACAGACCCCCUAGGAUUUUUCGGUGGCGAACCCGCUGGCGGAGCUGAAGGGCUUGAUAUACCGGACAACAUUUCCAUCGCACCCACCGAUGCUAGUACCAUGGCAGGAAGGAGUAUGUUCACGAGAUACACCGGCUCAACAUCCGUUUCUCGAAAGACUAGCAAGACACGACGUCGCGAGGAGCGAAAGCGCGCGCGGGGCAAGAAGGGUACCGUAUAUGAAGAGGAGUACCUGGUGAACAGUGUUCGUAGAUUGAUGGAGAGGGUUAAUAGUGCUGUUGAGGAAGUAGAAGUCUUGGUACAAGCGAUGCUGAGACGGGGUAUGCGAGAGAGAGCUGCGGUGGUGGAGCAGAACCUCGACGAGGUAUUGACUAUGUGUAGGGGUUGUGUGGAGGAGAUAUUUGAAAUCAAGCCUCAAGCAGUGCCUGGUACCGAAGGAUCAGAAGAAGCCGAGCCGAAUGGAGGAGCGGUUCAGAGGGUUACGACCGGGGCAGAAGGUGUAUUUUGGGACACCUUGGAAGCAAAUGCGAAACCGAAAGAGCCGCCCGUUGUGAGAGAAUUUAAGAAACUGGCGCUACUGAGUGGUUAAGUGAGAGGGUGUGUCACAAAAGAAUAGAGAGUUCAUAAUCUGAAGAUGCAACAAAGAAUGAUUACGCUAAGCCUAUCUGCGGUUGGAUACUGUUGCUCUAUCAUGGUGGUAUCUUCGCUGGAUUAAAGUCGUGUCUCGUAACAUAUAACUUUCGCGACCAAGCUUGGAUCUCGCAAUCAAUAUCAAAAGAUUUAUCAAAGAUUCCAUAGUAUUAAUUGCCAGCGCCGGUCAGGAUAUCCCCGGACUCGCUGACAAGAUGUUCAACCACUUUCAUAGGUCCUUCGCCAACACCUGAUAGGAUUACGCGGUUCACACCCACUGUAAGCAUGUCAACAGCUCUCGGGUCAACCUCUCCUAGGAGCGAUUUAGCGUCUUGAGCCGGCUUGGUUUCGCCCCAACCUUCUGUGUCCGAUUUCAAAAUUUUUCUAAAUGUGCCCAGAACCCGGUCAGAGUCCUUCUCGAGGUAGUAGAUAACAGCAUUCGGACCAGCAUCAAAGGUAUACGCGCAAAUUGUCUCUCCUGCGGCCCGGUUUACGUCGUGAACCACCCUCACAGCGGCGCGAGAAACGUCAUUCAUAUAGAAAAUCGGUGGCCACGUGUCGAGACAUGUCGCAUGGAAAUUAUUACUGUCUCGCAUUGUGAUCUCUGCAAAUGAUGCAAAAUCUCGGUUCUGAAUGGCUUUCUCCAUUGCUGCCAUUCUCUCAGGUACUACAGACGUAACACGGAAAGGGAACAGAGUGGAGGUCGCACGGGUGGCCUGCAUCCCUUCCGUACUGGGAACAUCCUUUUUCGCAUCGCUCACAACGAGAAUCAAUGCACGCAUCUCAGGCCAAUGGCUCGCUGGCGCCACUUGCUCGGCGAGGCUAUCACUACCAUCUUCCUUCGCACCGGACUUCCAGGCGACAUAGCCACCCAUCAACGAACGACAUGCAGAUCCUGAACCCUGGCGGGCGAUGCGACUCAGCUCGCUCGGAGACUGGGGGAGGUCGUACAAAUCGGCAACUGCACGAACCAGAGCUGCGAAACCUGCAGCCGAACUCGCGAGGCCUGCGGCAGUUGGGAAAUUAUUUUCCGAUACAAUGCGCAGAGGAAAGGCCGAUAGUCGUGGCAGGGAUGGAUCUGCAUCCUCUAGAGCUCGUCGAAGAAUACGGAGGUCUGCGAGACAUGCCAAUGUUCUUUUGGAUGCGUGGAUGUUCUGGGGUUUUGAGUUGAGAACCAGGGUGUCUCCUUCAGCAUGCGGGUAACUAUCUGAGCAUGAAGCUGUGGUGUGCGCACGCAAAUUGGCUUGUGAAAGAGUUACAGAG